GUGAAUCUGCAAAAUUCAUCUCGAGGGUGUCAGGAGACUCCUCAGCUAGUUCGCGAGGAUUCGUAGGUGAAGGGAUGGAGAAGGCAUCGGCGACAGGUAACACCAGACAACUAUUUAGUCCUAAUAGGGAAACAGGUGACAAAAGACAAAUGAUAAGUGAAACAGUCUCUGAGAAAAAUGGCACGAUAAUUAGCUCCCAGGAUAGACGACUGGAACGGUGGAAAGAACACUUUGAGGAGCAAUUUAAUUGGCCUACAACCACACUCAACUUACCCAGCAUCCAUCACCUCCUUGAAUGGGAUAUAAACACAGGUCCUCCGUCCCUAAAUGAGGUUACGAAAGCUGUCGCUAGUCUGACACGAGGCAAAGCAGCGGGGCCUGGUGGAAUGACUCCAGAGGUGUUUAAGGACGGUGGGGACAGUCUACUGUCUGCGUCAACUAAGGUAUUAGGCAACGUCUGGGAAUCACAGACAGUUGCGUCGGUCUGGUGUAAGUCAUCGGUUAUCCCGACAUACAAGAAGGGAGACAAGUCUUCCUGUGAUGAUGACCACAGGGGGAUUAGCUUGACCAAUAUGAUAUCUAAAGUUCUAGGUUCAAUAAUCAUGCGUAGACUAAGCGGUGUUCGGGAGGAACAAACACGAGAGAAGCAGGCAGGCUUUAGACCAGGAAGAGGGUGUACUGAUCAUAUCUUCACCCGUCGACAGAUUCUGAGACACAGGAAUACUUACUGGCGUCCAACAAUCGUCAUAUUUCUUGACCUGAAAGCGGUUUUGGAUUCCCUCUCCCAAGAGGUGCUAUGGCGAUGUUUGGCUGUGAAGGGAAUGCUGAGAAAAUACAUUGCACUGAUCAAGGCACUCUGCUGGAACUCAUGCAAUCAGCGAGGUGAGAGCCUACGGAGAGUUGUCAUCUGAUAAAUAUGAUGACAACCAGUGUUUUCCGUCAGGGAUGCCCACUGUCCCCAUUUCUGUUUAGAUAUCAUCAAAGAUGUACUAAUGGACUUGACCCUAACUGACUUCAGCAGCUCAAGGAUUGACUCGUUAGCAGGGAAUAAUCACGUUGACUUAGAAUAUGCAUGCGGAUGAUAUAGUCCUUCUAGGUGAAGACGCUGACAAAGUAGAGCAGAGUCUUCUGAACACCUUGAGCUGAGCAGCAAUCUUCGAAUGUUUGGCAUGCGAU